AUGAGGGACCGCAUCGAGGAUGGCAGCGUGCGUGAGGAACGGAGACUUGCUGCCUCUGAUGUUUGGUUGAGGCCGGACAUCAUUGCUGAGUACAUGCAAUUGUUGUUCAAUGCGUUCCUGCUGACCCUGGUGCUCACGCUGGUGGUCAAGUUCAUGGUUAUGGUGCGCGAGGAUGUUCGUUUCAAACUGCACGAAGAUGAGCUGAGGAAAUUGAGGCUGAUAGAAGCUUGCCGGAAGAGCUAUGAACAGAAUGAGUGUUCACCGGAGUCUAGAGUGCCUGCUUUGGAAGAAUCAUGCGACGAAUGGUUCUAUUGCAUGAAUCAAGCGCAACAUGUACACGCCGGAGGUAGAAGGAUAUACCAGUCGGGGACGUUAUGGGCGCGGACGAUCGCUGAGAUUCUGAAUUCGUUCGUUGAGCCCAUAAGUAUACGGUCGGCGCUCUUGACAGUCUCAGUCAUCUGCGCUCUGGUGCUGGUGACUAAUUCGGCUUUUGGGUCCUACAGAGUUUACCACUACAACAGAUCAUCCCGCUGA